AUGUUCCGCCAGUGCCGUCGCGGACUACUAUCCAAGACAGAGGCAGGAAUUCGACUCGAUUCCCGAACAAAGCAGCGGAACUUCUCCUCAACGCCGAGGGCUGCAUUGUCUCUCGAUCGAGACUCACCGGACGUCAAGAAGGCAUACGCCUAUUGUUCGAAUCUAGUUCGGAACUAUGACUCGCCAUCCUACACACUGGCCCAUUUCAUCCGGCCUCAUAUGCUCCCCGCCUACUUGGCCAUCCGGGCGUUCAACAUUGAACUGGCUCGGAUCCCAGACGUGGUGUCGAUGCCGCAGAUAGGCGCCAUGAGAAUGCAAUUUUGGAGGGAGACGAUUGACAAAGCCUUCAAACUCACUCCUCCGUCGGAACCUGUGGCAAUCCUCCUCGCCUCGUACCUUCACCAAGGCAUGAAGCUGAACAAGACCUGGUUCCAGCGGGUCAUCACCGCCAGAGAUCGCAAGCUGACACACCCUGGCUUCACGAAUGUAGCCGAGCUCGAAUCUUAUGCCGAAUCGACAUAUUCCUCCCUUCUCUACUUGACUCUUUCGGCACUUCCACUGAACUCACUUACAAUGGAUCACCUGGCUUCUCAUAUUGGGAAGGCUGCCGGUAUUGCAGCGGUGCUCCGUGGAGUUCCACUACUCGCGUUUCCAGGACCGCCAAACCAACACUCCAACAAUCCUGCGGGCAUGGGACUCCCUUCCACAAGGGAAAAGCAAGGAGUCGUUACCCUGCCCCUUGAUAUCAUGUCGCAAUGCGGCGUGCGAGAAGAGGACCUCUUCCGCAACGGGCCGAAUGCUGCAGGCCUGCGGGACGCGGUCUUUGCUGUUGCCACUCGAGCCUCCGACCACCUCAUCACCGCGAGAACCAUGUUGCGAAGUGUUCAGGAACACCGAGAUCCCGACCAUGAAUUCGAGCACAUGGACGAUGAAGGCCAUGAAUAUGGCAAGCUUGACAGUGGAGAAAAAGCCUCUGCCGCAAAGGUGGAAGACGAGCUCGACAAGGGCUUCGGCAUUGUGAUGGGGCCCGCGGUCAGCACUCAACUCUGGCUCAACAGGCUGCAAAAGGUCGAUUUCGACAUCUUCCACGCCAGUCUUCGCACAGUGGAGUGGAAGUUGCCCUUUGUUGCGUGGUGGCGCAACAAGAGGAGACAAUUGUGA